UCAAUGUAUGUUGCUGUCGUUAAAACAAACUUUUAGUUUUUGAAACUUCUUCAUAAUGUUAUUAGACUCAGACAGUUGGUUUAUAUUCAUCCAUCCAUCCACCGUCAUCCGCUUAUUAUUUAACGUUAUUUAUUAUUUAUUUAUUUCGUUUCCCCUGCGGUCGUUUCCUCGUCGCCAUAGUAACCCGGGUGUUGCUAUGGCUGCCAGCCGCUUCUUCAAACACGUCACUUCUUAUUAAAAACAUAUCGAUCUUCCUCCUUCAGUUAUUGACAGCUGAUCGACGGACGGCUCCGCGUGAGCUUCACCUGUAACCUGUGUGUUUCUGUCUCUUCAGACCCUGUCCAGGUGAGGUCUCCUCCUGCAGGUCCAACAUGGCGUCUGAUGCGUCUCCUUCAGGUGACGGCGAGGUUAAGGUGAGGAGGAGGAGCGAGGAGAGGAGGAGCGAAGAAAGAAGGAGCGAAGAGAGGAGGAGCGAGGAGAGGAAGGAGGUUCAGGAAGCGGGCAUCGAGGAGUUAACGUCUGCCGGUCACAGAGCGCUGCAGGAGGGGCGGACGGAGGACGCUUUGACCUGCUUCAACCACGCACUGAAGGCUGCAGGACAGCUGCAGGACUCGCGGGUCCUCCGGGCCUGUUCUUUUAACCUCGGUGCAGCCUAUGUGGAGGCGGGCCGGCCUCAGAAAGGUCUGGACCUCCUGCGUCUGGCUCAGUCUGGUCCGAAGGCCGACCGGCUCCCGGACCUCCAGUUCAACCUGGCCCUGGCCCACAAUGAACUGGGCCAGAACCAACAGGCCGCCGCCUACUUCCUGCAGGCCGCUCAGCUGUACCGGUCACAGGGAGACGGAGGCAGCGAGGGGGACGCCUGCAUGGAGCUGAGCCGCUGCUACAGCAGAGUACAGGUCAGAACCGGAACCAGGAACAGAACCUGAACCAGAACUAGGGACAGAUCCUGAACCUGGAUUAGGUCCAGGUGUGGGACCAUAAUUUACUAAAUGAACAUCAUGCUGUGCUGAAGACUUGAAACUAGCGACUGAGACCAUAAACUCAUCAGGAAAGAGUUUACUGAGGGAAUAAAUCAGCUGAGAAGUAGAAA